AUGUCCCAGAAGCAGGGCAGCGGCUGCCAGGUGAGGGGGGCUCGGGCCGGGCCGGGCCGCGGACCAGGGGUAGUGCAGGACGGGCAGGGCUGCGCUGGGGGCCCGGCGUGGCCCCGACUAGAGCAGGUCCCCGCGUGCCGGCGUCCGCAGCAGUGCGCGCGGGGCGGGACCGCUACGAGUGAAGUAACGGGAGCGGAAACCCGGGCGGCGCGGCCGGAGGACGAGCCCGGCCCGCGCCCCGCCGCCUCCUACCUGCCCACCGUGGGCAUUGAUUUUAAAGUGAAAACAAUAACAUUCAAUGAUACAACAGUGAAACUUCAAAUAUGGGAUACUGCUGGUCAAGAACGAUUCCACACGCUUAGUACUAGUUAUUUCCGUGGGGCACAAGGGUUUGUUCUUGUCUAUGAUAUCACAAAUUCAGACAGCUUUCAAAGUAUUACAAACUGGAUGAAUGAAAUACAUGAGAAAGCAGAUGACGAGGUGGAAAUAAUAUUGUUGGGUAAUAAGUGUGAUAAGGAGACAGAACGUGUAAUCCCAAAACAAAAAGGGGAAAAGCUUGCUUGGGAACAUGGAAUACCGUUUUUUGAGACCAGUGCUAAAGACAACAUAAACAUUGAGGAUGCAUUUUCAUUGUUGGCUACAGAGAUACUGAACAAGAAAACCUAUGUAUUGCAUGACUUCGAUGUGGUAGAUCUAAACGGAAGUAAGAAAAAGCGUACUUGCUGCAAACAAUGAAAUUUCACCUCCACUUCUCUUACUUCAGAAAAUAUUAACUACUGUAAGAAAAUAAACAAAGACGUUAAAAUGAAUCUGAUAGUCUGAAAUGCAUUAUUUAGAGAUCCCCUAAAUUUAGGUGAUCUCGCUGUACAAACCUUGCUAUCAAAAGUAUUGAAACUUAGCCACUGUACUGUAUAUACAUGAAUAAUAUACUUUAUAAUUUAAUUUCUUUCCAUAUUUUUAAAUUGAAAUUAGAUCUCCUUUUGUAUUUACAACCCUUCAUUAUGUGACAGCUGGAUUGUUCUUGUACAUGAGGAGUGUACAUGAUUGGUUUUUAGUGUAUAAUCCUCCUCUGCCUGAAGUUAAUGUUUACUCAUAGCUCUUGUCUUUCUUUCUUUCUUUCCCACCUCAUCAGACUCUUGAUACAAUGAGCACCAUAAGAAGGACCCCUACUGACUUAAGAGACCACUUCAGAAAAUUCCCAAGGCUUCCAAUAUAAUUUGAUUUGAGCCUAGGUUGGAUACCACCUCAUUAGAUGACUAGUUCUUUAGGUGGUCACUAAACCUACUUUCCUGGAUGGUUUUGAUUUUAGUUCUUUUUUCCAGUUUAAAGAGUUCAUAUUGUUCUGUAAUGCCAAUGAGCAGUAAAGCAGAACAGAAGUAACUGUGAGGACUGAGCAAGAAAAGAAAAAGCACAGAGUCCAGCUAGACUACAAGUUUACACUAGUGUUUUUAUAUCUGCUUUGUAUACUGAUGUAAAUUAUACCAGGAUCUGAAGCAGGCAGAGAUAAAUUUUCCCAAAGAGCUACAUGCAAUAGAGAGCAAUUAUAGGUUGUUUACUUUAAACAAGAAGCUACUUUAGAUUAAAUUGAACAUUCAACACCUAUGUAAUUUACACUGGUGUAAUUUUAACCCUGAUUUCUGUCAUGGCAGAAUUAUCUCAGUGAAGGAGAUUAAUCUGUCUGCUCCUUUUUUAUACCAGUUUAAAGAUCUAUUAUAUAAGUUUAAAUGUAUCAUCUGUCAAGGCCCAUAUAUAAUAUGUAUAUGUUACACCAACUUACUUUAAAAUGGAGAGAAAAAGAGAUGUUAAUAAUUACAUGUUCUUAUAUAAAUGUAAUUCUAAAUACUGUGUGUAGUAUAGCCACUGGCCACUUGUUCAUUUCAGUUGUAUUAAAACGUGGGACUGCUAAUGUGUAAAAUUAAAUAAAGUC